AUGUCCGUCGCCAUGCAGACAUUCAGACCAUCGCAGGUUGUCGACCGAACAUAUUCAUCCCUUCAGUCACUGCUGGACGACCCCGCCCAGCUCUUCAUGUCGUCCAACUCGAUCCAGCGUCCUUCGGGUGGGGAUCUGGACAUCUUAUCGGCCUCGCGCUACCCCCAGGCUCUCACGCAGCCGUACGAGGACAUGGAACAGAAUCCGCGCAAGCGCAAGGCCGCAGCCGCAGCCUCGUCCAACCACUUGUACGGAGGUAUUGUCUUAGCUACCACCCCGGGUAGCCGUAGCCAUUCCUCCUCGGGAGAACAGGACCAGACACCGACUCAAAAGAGAUCAAAGGCAACAAAGCGUUCACCUGCCAACGACGGGGACGAACAAGGAACCGAAAAGAAGCAAAGGGGCCGGCCUAGACUCGACACUCACGACGAAACGGCGGCGGAUCGUCGACGCACGCAGAUUCGCCUGGCCCAGAGAGCGUACCGGCAUCGAAAGGAAACCACCAUCUCGGCGCUGAAGCAAAAGGUCACCGACCUCCAGACCACCAUCGAGCAUAUGAACAAGACCUUUCUGACUCUCCAUGAUAACAUGGUCGACGCCGGGAUUUUGAGCUCGCACUAUUCCCUAGGUCGCCAGCUCCAGGCUGCCACGGAGGAAUUCGUUGCUCUGUCCAAGAUAGCAACACCUGAAUCCGACGAGGAAGAAGAGGUGGCCAUUGCCAAAAUCACCCAAGGUGGCGACGGAAAGCCCGCCUCCGAACCAGGUGAGAGCAAGAGAAGAUCUAGUGCACAGCUGGGCCCAAAGACCUCGUCACGGCCCGCAGCAGCGACCAAGACUAAUAAUGUACGCCGAGCGGUUAGUUUCGAUCAGAGCUCAACAGAUGCGGAAGCAGAUGUGGAAGAGUUACCUUUGAUGGGCAAAGAAGACCAUCCAUUGGUCGCCCUCUCAGAAUCCGCAUGGUCGACGGACAAUUCCAACCUCCACGGCCUGAAUGAUCUUAUGUCCUUCAACGCGACCAUUCCCGACGUCGUCCUCUUUGACGAACCCAAUGAGAAACUCGUCAUUGAACGCCCUCUGAAACCCUCCUACCAAGCCGAGGGCUCGUACACUUACAGCUUCCAGGAGACGACCUUCGCACGCCGUCUCCACAGGAUGUGUCUGGAGCGAGCCUUCCGCAACCUGACUAACCCUGACAUCGACCCGGAGUACAUCAAACGAGCGUUCCGCUUCACAUUCUGCUUCUCCAAUCGCAAGCGGAUGCUGCAACGCUUCCAGGAAAUGCUCAAGCGGAAGGCUGGCGAGUCGCUUGAAAACUGGAACGUGCCCUUCUUCCACAUCGGCGGCGCGGGGACGCAUUACCCCCGGCGUGACGACGGAGGGAACCCCAUUUACCCGCCGAACAUGAUCAGUCCCGCCAAAGCAUUCGGGCCGCAGCCCUACGUCCAGGCCGAGACUCCGCGGAUGGAGACGUCGGUGCAGGAAAUGCUCGACAACAUCGGCUUUGGUGGCGUGUGGUUCGACAGCCACGAUGUCGAAGAGUACCUCAAGUCCAAGGGUAUAUACCUCGACGGCCAGAGCAGCUUCAUUGAGGUGGAUCCAAGCGUCCUGCCGCGUGUCAAAGCCUCCAUGUCCUCCCCCGACGGGACCUCGAGCUCUAACCGCAGCCCACUCGAUGCGAUCCUACGCACUCCAAGUCCUAUCCUAGGGGCCGAAGGCCUCACAGAUCCCAUCACCGACCCGUUCAUCGCCCGCGAACUGGGCGAGAUGUUUGCCCGACCGAGCACGUUGUUCCCAUCUUUGUCCUCCACAUCUACUACUGCCGCAGCAACAGCAGCUGCCGCCUCCGAGCCCCGGAGCAAUGCAAAGUCGGCCGAUGACCCGUGGGCCGACUUCGCGGCGCUCGCUUCGGCAUCCUCACCACCUACUUUCUCCGAUCUCCUGAGCCGACGGCCGAAUCCGCUCACCUUUGACGUGGAGAUGUUCCUGGAGCGCAUGAUUCUCGGGAGUGCCUGCCUGGGCCGGGCCCCUGGGUUCCGAAAGGAAACGAUCGACGAGGCUCUCGUGAUGAGUCUGCAGGAGAGUUUUUAG